AUGGGCGCCCUGCAGUGCACCGGUGGCGUGGGCGCCCGGGGGCGCUCAUUCGAUGCGCAUCGCCGCUGUGGCAUCGACCCCUUUGCGCCAGCAAGCAAGGAGCCGCGUGGCGGCCGCAAUGCCGCCAGGCCAAUUUCCACCAGCUGCCCCCGAAGAUACGCAGGGGUAUGCUCCAACACAGUGGUCGCAGCUCUGACAAAGUCCGUGUGCUUUUCUGCCUCCACAUUUACCCUUCGGCAAGGAACUGGGGUGGACGUGCCAUCAAUCAAGAAACUUGCAGAAGAUGAGAAGAUGGUCGUAUUGGAUUUGGCCCCCGAACGCUGUAUAAUUGCUGAAGGGACGGAUGGCGAAGUGCUGGGAGCAGGCCAGCUUAAAAGCAAGGAAUCUGGGGCUUACAUGGAGAUUUCAACUGUGGUUGUUCAGCCCAAAGCAAGACGACAAGGCGUUGGCACAUCUGUUGUCAAUGAGCUCUUGAAACUAGCAGCCGGCAACGAUGUGUACCUGACGACAGUGGAUCAAGGCAAAGAAUUCUUCAAGAGCCUUGGCUUCACAGAAGUCGGCUUCUCUGACAUGCCCAUGGCGAUGCGGCUGGAAUGGGCUGCAGGCAAUGUGGCUGCGAGGAUCUCGAUCAAUCAGCGUUGCAUGGUGAUGCUCAGAAAGGGCCGGUGA